GUAAGAUGGGCUCCGCAAAGGUUGUCCCUUCACAAAACCCUAGUCUGCGUGAACUUCUUUCUUGUUCUCUGUCUCCACUGAAAGCAAUCUUCGUUCUGUAACCAGUUACUGCGUCAUCGUGCUUCACUCCCUGGUUAACCCCCCAUCGCUAUCGGGUCCUCGAGCUGUGAAUCUCGAGACAUGGCUGCCAAUUACGAGUACGAUGAAGCUGCCGGCCACUAUGACGACCAGGCAGCUGCGCUCCGGCAGCAGGAAGUCGGAUACGAUCCAAACUUCGUUCCCGAUUCCGUGAAAUCCUUCGUCGUCCACCUAUACCGCCACAUCAGGGAGAAGAAUGUCUACGAGAUCCACCAGAUGUACGAGACUUCCUUCCAGACGCUGUCGGAGCGGCUCUUCAAGGAUACUCCUUGGCCUUCAGUCGACGCCGUGGCUCACUAUGUCGACAAUGACCAUGUUUUCUGUCUUCUUUAUCGCGAGAUGUGGUUCCGCCAUCUCUAUGCUCGCCUUUCCCCUACGCUUAAGCAGAGAAUCGACAGUUGGGACAAUUACUGCAGUCUCUUCCAGGUGGUGUUGCAUGGAGUGGUGAAUAUGCAGUUGCCCAAUCAGUGGCUGUGGGAUAUGGUGGAUGAGUUUGUUUACCAGUUCCAGAGCUUUUGCCAGUAUAGAGCUAAGAUGAAGAACAAGACUGAGCAGGAGAUUGCACUUCUGAGGCAAUUUGAUCAGGCGUGGAAUGUGUAUGGAGUGCUCAACUUCUUGCAAGCAUUGGUUGAAAAGUCGGCUAUAAUUCACAUUUUGGAGCAGGAAAAGGAAGGCCUUGAGCAGUUCACUGCUACUGAUGGUUAUGAUUAUAGUGGAGGAAGCAACGUUCUGAAGGUGUUGGGGUACUUCAGUAUGAUUGGUUUGUUGCGAGUUCACUGCCUUUUGGGAGAUUAUCAUACUGGCCUUAAGUGCUUACAACCUAUUGACAUAAGUCAACAAGGUGUUUACACCAGUGUUAUAGGAAGCCACAUCGCUACGAUAUAUCAUUAUGGUUUUGCAAGCCUGAUGUUGAGGAGGUAUGUGGAUGGUAUCCGUGAGUUCAACAAAAUUCUCUUGUACAUUUACAAGACCAAGCAAUAUCAUCAGAAGUCUCCACAGUAUGAACAAAUACUGAAGAAGAAUGAGCAAAUGUAUGCCCUGCUUGCAAUUUGCCUCUCAUUUUGCCCUCAAAUGAAGCUUGUCGAUGAAGCUGUGAAUGCUCAAUUGCGCGAGAAGUAUGGUGAAAAAAUGGGUAAAUUGCAAAGGUAUGAUGAUGAGGCAUAUGGUGACAAGAUGAAUAGAAGGCAAAGGUUUGCUGAUGAGGCAUUUGGUAUCUAUGAUGAACUCUUCUCAUAUGCAUGCCCCAAAUUUAUUACCCCUUCAGCUCCAAGUUUCGAUGAGCCUCUUGUAAAUUACAACCAGGAUGCUUAUAGGCUGCAGUUGAAGCUUUUUCUCUCUGAGGUGAGGCAGCAGGAGUUGUUAGUUGGUGCUCGAACCUUCCUUAAAGUUUACUCAACUAUAUCACUUGGGAAGCUUGCUAAUUACUUGGAUGUGGAUGAAUCCACGUUAAGGAUGAUAUUGAUGACAUACAAGCACAAGACUCAUGCUGUUGAUUCUGCUGGAAAGAUUAUCUCCAAUGCUGAUGUUGACUUCUACAUUGAUGAUGACAUGGUACGUGUUGUGGACUCAAAACCAGUGAAGCGAUAUGGCGAUUUCUUCUUGCGGCAAAUUGUAAAGCUUGAAGGAGUGAUCAAUGACGUGGAUCGGAUAAAGGUGAUGGUUGCUUACCGUGAUGACCCAAGUCCUUCCAAACUCAAUUUGGGAAUUGGGGUUUACCGAACUGAGGAAGGGAAGCCUCAUCUACUAAAUGUAGUUAGCAAAGCAGAGAAGUUGCUCCUCAAUGACAAGUCUGUCUCUAAGGAAUACCUACCCAUCACUGGAUUGUCAGAGUUCAACCAACUAAGUGCACGACUUGUGCUUGGUCAUGAUAGUUUUGCUAUCAAAGAGAAGAGGGUGUGCACGGUUCAGUGCUUGUCUGGUAGUGGAUCCCUGAGGAUUGGAGCUGAACUCUUGGCAAGAUUUCACCAUCAACACGUUGUUUACCUCUCCCAACCUACUUAUGGCAACCAUAUGAACUUCUUCAUAGCAGCAGGAAUAACUGUGAAGUAUUAUCGGUACUAUGAUGAAGCAACCAAAGGGCUGGACUUUCAAGGAUUAUUGGAGGACCUUGGUUCAGCAGAAUCAGGGGCCAUUGUGCUUCUCCAGGCAUCUAGUCAUAAUCCUACUGGUGUAGAUCCUACUGUCGAACAGUGGGAGCAAAUCAGGCAGCUGAUCAGGCAGAGAGGACUUGUACCUUUCUUUGAUUGUGCAUAUCAGGUGUGCAAGGCAGAAGAUGUAGCAUGCCGGGUUGAGAGCCAACUUAAACUUAUAAUCAGACCCAUGUACUCAAAUCCACCAAUUCAUGGGGCAGCAAUCGUAGCAACAAUCCUGAGGGACAGGGAAAUGUAUGAUGCAUGGACCGCUGAGUUGAAGGCGAUGAUUGUUCGAAUCGUCAACCUUCGUCACCAACUUUAUGAUGCUCUAUGUGAAAGAGGAACUCCUGGGGAUUGGAAGCACAUUGUGAAUCAGGUUGGAAUGUUCACCUUCUCUGGACUUAAUGAAGAUCAAGUUUCCUUUCUGACCAAACAUUACCACAUCUACAUGUCGUCUGACGGGAGGAUAAACAUGGCAGGCCUUAGCAGCAAGACAGUUCCUUACCUUGCCAAUGCAAUACAUGAAGCCUUAGCUUCCGUUCCAUGAAGGCAGAGAAAUAACUAACCUCUAUUGUGCUUCUAUCUUCACUCUAAGGGGUUAGUUUAAUGAUAACAUGAGAUGAUCACGCACGGUUCGAGCGAUUUGGAGAUGAAUAUGUAUUUUUAUAAACAAGCAUAAGCGAGUAAGUCUAACAAUGAAAGAUGUGCUCAUUGUUUUUGGAAAUAUCAGGUCUUUAUGUUUGUAUAUCAAUGUGUGGCACACAUGUAGCAAUCCAUGUAGUGUACUUAUUUGUUCCAACAAGAAUGUAGUGCACUAAAGUAUAAAAAAAAAAA